ACGUGUCCCCGUUGGCCCAAAAUUCACUCUCUCCUGCGCCUCAAACUUUUCGAGAUCCCCUCACCGGCGGCCGGGUCCUCGCGACCUCCCCAGCUCCCCCGAUCACCAGACGAACCCUCGAAGCCUCACUGCACCGCCGGGCGCUUCGCCAAGCCCCCGCCCACGGGAACAUCUCACCUCGAAUUCUUCUCCCGUAGCUCGCUGCCCUUCCCCAUCUCUCCUCGACUGGUGCGGGCGGGGAGGAUUUAUGCGGAUUCGGGAUUUGUAUUUUCCCUCGCUGGGGAUGGAGGUGCAGGUGGUGGACUUGUCAUCGGACUCCGAGGACGAGGUGUCGGCGCACUCGCCUCAGCACAAGCGUCCCGCGCGUCAGGCGUGGACAGGUGCUGAUCGCGAGGGUGGAGGCGGCGGCGUGGACAGCCUCUCCAGGCAAGAGGGUGCGGCGAGGUCGCUGCGUCAGCCCAGCGACGUGGCGAAGAAAGGGAAGGAGAAGGUUGGCGACGGGGAGAGCGCGUGGGCGGCGGGGCCUCCUAAGCUCCGUGGAGAAUCGCUCCGUGAUGUUCGUGGCGUCGUGGGAGCUGGGACGGAUCCUUGGAGUGAACUGGUGAGCAAGCGCAAGGCUGGAGACGAUGGAGAUGUUGGAGCUGGGUGUUGGGGUGGUUGGGGUGAUUGGGGUGAUCAGCUUCGCAACUCGGUCACUUUGCUGCCACAAGGAUCAGAGAGCAAGGAGUAUCACAAUGGUUCUGCUGCAGCAGGUGAUCGCUGGAAGGGUAUUCUUGGUGCAAGACCUGCUGAUCCUUCCAACACACCGGGGUACCCGUGGGAUGCUGGCAAGAGAGAAAAUGGGGUUGGGAUGUUCACUGAAGGCUCUCUAGCUAAUCGUGAAGUUUCUGCAUGUGAUGAUUUUAUUAUGGAAGAUAGUAGCUCAACAUGGCUUUCGAGGAUCAAAGGGCUGAACUUUCCUCUUCCUGAUGAGCAUCAGUUGAGAACCAGGCAAAUUGAGGAUGAUGAGGUGUUUGCCCGCAAGCUUCAGGAGCAGCUCAAUCAGGAACAGCCAGGCUCUCAGCAUUCUGAAUCGGUUGAUAUGACAAUAGCCUGGACAUUACAUGAGCAAGAUGCUGAGCAUGCCAGAUUUGCUGCAAGAGAAGGGCAGUCUAGUUCUAGCCAGAGGGACAGAUCAAUGGCACACUUGUAUUCAUUUGGCCGGCACUCACCUGUUCAAAGUUCUGCUUCUUGGGCACCCAAUCGUACUCCAAUUCCAGUGUCAAGCAGAAGUUUGCCAAGAAACACUAACUGCCCGCAAGCGGCACAACGCGAUAUGCUUAUCUCUCAGUUGACCAGGGGAUGCUUCAGAGAAGACAUGGAUCUAGAAACGAGAAUGGCUGUACUGGACUCACUUGCUGAAGCAUUUGAUAACUGUGGGGAUACAUUUUCUCCAGAUUCUGAUGAUGAUGACUAUGAGAACCUCAUAGCACUUGAUUCCAGCAACUAUCACAGAGGUGCUUCUGAUGAUCAAAUAAACAGCCUGCCACUGUCACUAGUUGAGGGUGAUAGUUGCUCCGAUGAACCCUGUCCUAUAUGCUUGGACUGUCCUGCUGCUGGUGACUGCCUCCGGCAUCUGCCAUGCAUGCACAAGUUUCACAAAGAGUGCAUCGACAGGUGGCUCGGGAUGAGGAUCUCGUGCCCUGUUUGCAAGUCAACUGUAUUCUCACAGUAGGCUGUAUCAUCCGCCAUGCUUUUUGCGGUAGCAUGAAAUGUAGAUUAGCUGACCAAUAGGUGGGAUUGGUACUGCUGCAAUCUGUACAUUCUGCUGUUGACUUGUGCUCUCUUCUGACCUGUGUGGUUAUCUGAGGAGGGAGCAUUUAAAUGGUGUGGAGCUUUUUAUUGCUGUGAAAGACGGCACUGCAAAGCUCCUAUUUCCAGUUGUUGUAUACCCUUUUUUAGGUGGCAUGACAUGCAUAGAGGCUUGCUGACAUGGGUGUGAAGGGCUGACAUUGCGCUCUGUAAUUGGAGUUCCAACUUCCAGUUACAAAUGAGGUUACUUAAUUUUUGGAGAUCUAAAGCUUUUGUUUUUGCAA